UGCCUCGAUUUCAUUCUGCCAGUACGAUUGUCUCUCUGGCCAGAACAAAGUACCUCUGUCGAAGCAGGUAUAAAUUGCAGUUUCGAUCUGGUAAAAGUGAUCCCUCGCUGGCGUUAUCAUCGCCCCCGAUAGAUAUAUAGCACAUAACAACGACUUAAUUUACUCGCACGCUUUUCUACCCUCUAACGCUCUCGCUCCUCUCUCUUUCCAGAUCAUCACAGGUGAGAAUUAUUAAAGGAAGAUCUGAUGUACUUGCUUGUGGAUCUCAACUACAAACAAGAUCAUGAUUGCCUUAGAGCAUAAAGCAGAAAUUAUGCAAAGUAACUGUGGGGCAUCUGUGAAAUGCCUCCAGAUCAAGGGAUACCCUUACAAUCUGCAGUGCAAUGGGAUUCCCAUCGAAGGUUUGCCAGAGCUCAAAGAUGAAGUCUAUGAUCAUCCAGGUGGGAAUACUGUGGAUCAAGAUCACUCAUUAAAAAGCGAAUCUCUUGAAUCUGCAAAUGGAUUUCAUAGAAAGCUUACCAACUCUAAUGACUUGGGCUCAUGGUCAACCUUCCACUCGGACUCUAAUAAUGUGCAGCGGGGCCAAUUGAAUGUUUUUGAGAGCCAGUUUUACCCUGUCCUGGUGGAUAACCGUCUUCAAUGUGCCCCAUUCAAUUACUUCCGGCAAAGUAACCCUUAUGAACACCAGUUCCAAGAUUUUCAAUAUUUUGUGGUUAUAGAUUUUGAGGCUACAUGUGACAAAGAAAGGAACCCUCAUCCCCAGGAGAUUAUUGAGUUUCCAUCUGUGAUAGUGAGUAGUGUUACUGGGCAAUUGGAAGCUUGUUUCCAGACAUAUGUGCGUCCCACAUGCAACCAGCUCCUGAGUGAUUUCUGCAAGGAUCUCACGGGCAUCCAGCAAAUUCAGGUGGAUAGAGGUGUUACAUUGGGCGAAGCUCUCCUUAGACAUGAUAAGUGGCUUGAGAAGAAGGGAAUAAAGAACACCAACUUUGCUGUGGUAACUUGGUCAAAUUGGGAUUGUCGGGUUAUGCUGGAGUCUGAGUGCCGGUACAAGAAGAUUCGAAAGCCUCCUUAUUUCAACCGAUGGAUCAACUUGAAGGUUCCUUUCCAUGAGGUUUAUGGCGGCAUGAGGUGCAAUCUGAAGGAUGCAGUUCAGAUGUCUGGCUUGGUGUGGCAGGGCCGCCCUCACUGUGGCCUCGACGAUGCCAAAAACACUGCCCGCUUACUUGCUCUCCUCAUGCAAAAGGGCUUCAAAUUCUCAAUCACGGACUCUCUGAUGUGUCAAUCCACAGACCACUCUUCCCCAUGGAAGCCGCCUCAGGAACACCACUCCUUUUCUCCUUUCCACCCUCAAAAGCUGAGGGACCAGCAUAAUAACCAUCCGAUACAGAUUCACCCUUAUUGUUACUGUGGGGUUAAAAGCAGCAAAGGGAUGGUUCGUAAGCCUGGUCCAAAGCAAGGGAGCUUCUUCUUUGGUUGCGGGUACUGGACUGCUGCUAGAGGUGCCCGUUGCCAUUUCUUCGAAUGGGCUUCUUCUUCUUCUCCUCCAUGACUCAAGAGGGGAAGAAAUGGCUUCUAUUUCCUUGUGUAAAAAAAUGGGAAAGUCGAUUGUGUCCUUGAGGAAGCAAACAUUGCCUUGGUUGCUUAGUGAGGCUUUCGCUUCCUAAAAGUAAAUAUAAAUAGUUGGCUGAAAAGAUGUCUGGUUACCGCGUCGUGCUGCUCUUGUGUUGAGUGAGAAAGGGCUUGUUAAACUGACUUAUUGUUGACAGAAGACUGAAACAAAAUUUGGAUUGUGAGGAAAUGAGUGCUUAGGAUGAUAUGGUUUUACUGCUCUGUCAUUGGUAGUAGUUAUAUUAAAUAAAA